AGAUUCGCGGAUAGCGCUCAGACAACAAACAAAAGAUCGAGGCUAGCGGAGCAGCUGGUCCGAACGUCACUUCUCUCCCUGCGCACAGCGACGACACGCGUCUCUGCCCCGAACCGCGUCCCUCGUCCCCGGUGCCGCAGACCGUCUCCGCGCGGUGCCAGCUGACGUUAGCCGGAGCCGUGUCGGCGAUCGCCCUGCCCGUGCUGGCCAAGCGCAUCGCGUUAGCCAGGUUAGCUACUCGGCUAACUAGCUCUGGCUGCCUGUCUACGACUAGCGAAGCCAGUUAGCUUAGCCUGCUAGCUAGCUUUGCUACACCUCCCCCCCUCCCUCCUCCUCCUCCUCCUUCCUCCCCUCUCCUCCUCCUCCUCCUCCUCAACUAACUUGACACUGACUGACACAAGUGGCUCUGGCUUGUUGCUGACAAGCCGUCUUUAUCAACCCCCGUGUCGGAGCCAUGUCUGGACAGUCGUCGGGCUGCGGCUUUCUCAUGUCGGUGGUCGUCCACGGAGACGCGGCUCUGAACGAGCAGGAAAAGGAGCUCAACCAGCGACUCCGACGGCUCUACCCCGCCGUCAAUGAAACCGAGACCCCGCUCCCUCGCUCCUGGAGCCCGAAGGACAAGUUCAGCUACAUCGGGCUCUCCCAGAACAACCUGCGCGUGCACUACAAAGGUCAUGGCAAAACUCCUAAAGAUGCAGCGUCUGUACGCGCCACUCAUCCCAUCCCAGCCGCCUGCGGGGUCUACUACUUCGAGGUGAAAAUCAUCAGUAAAGGCCGAGAUGGGUACAUGGGCAUCGGCCUCUCAGCUCAGGGUGUGAACAUGAACAGACUGCCCGGUUGGGACAAGCACUCGUAUGGUUACCACGGAGAUGAUGGACACUCCUUCUGCUCGUCCGGCACUGGGCAACCUUACGGACCCACGUUUACAACGGGCGACGUGAUUGGCUGCUGCGUUAACCUCAUCAACAACACGUGCUUCUACACAAAGAAUGGCCACAGCCUAGGUAUUGCCUUCACAGACCUACCACCAAACCUGUACCCGACCGUCGGCCUUCAGACUCCAGGGGAGGUGGUUGAUGCAAACUUCGGCCAACACCCCUUUGUGUUCGACAUUGAGGACUACAUGCGAGAGUGGAGGACAAAGAUCCAGGCCCAGAUCGAUCGCUUCCCCAUCGGGGAGCGCGAGGGCGAGUGGCAGUCCAUGAUCCAGAAAAUGGUGGCUUCCUACCUGGUGCACCACAGCUAUUGUGCCACAGCUGAAGCCUUUGCCAAAUCCACCGACCAGGCCGUACACGAGGAGCUGGCCUCCAUCAAAAAUCGACAGAAAAUCCAGAAGCUGGUGUUGUCGGGUAGAAUGGGCGAGGCCAUCGAGACCACCCAGCAGCUCUAUCCCAACCUCCUGGAGAGGAACCCAGACCUGCUCUUCAUGCUCAAGGUGAGACAGUUCAUCGAGAUGGUGAAUGGGACGGACAGUGAGGUGAGGUGUCUGGGAGGUCGCAGCCCGAAGUCUCAGGACAGUUACCCCGGCUCCCCGCGACCCUUCAGCAGCCCGAGCCACAAAGCCAGCAGCUCCCAGCCGUACCUCACAGGGUUUGACAGCAACUGCUGUAAUGGCGUGACGUCUAAUAAGAGCCACAGCUCCUCCCCUCACAGUCACAAGCCCUGCCCUCCGAGCACUGGCUCCACCCUCCCAGCGUCUGACAUCAGCCUCAACGGGAGCCGCAGUCAACAGCCCAUAACCAGCAAUGACAUAGAUAUGGAGGUUGACCACUUCACCAACGGAGUGACAGAAUCCUCCUCCAAUGGUUUCCUCAACGGCAGCUCUAAACACACCGUGGAGCCCGACGACUGUGACGCAGACAUGGAAGUGGAAUCUGCUCAGUCCAAGCGGCAGCUGUGCGGUGGGAGCCAGGCAGCCAUCGAGAGAAUGAUCCAUUUCGGCAGGGAGCUCCAGAGCAUGAGCGAACACCUCCGCCGUGAGUGUGGCAAGAACUCGACUAACAAGAAGAUGCUCAAGGAUGCGUUCAGCCUUCUCGCCUACUCAGACCCAUGGAACAGUCCAGUCGGCUACCAGCUGGACGCCAUUCAAAGAGAGCCCGUCUGCUCCACCCUCAACAGUGCAAUAUUAGAGACUCACAACCUGCCCAAGCAGCCCCCUCUGGCCCAGGCCGUGGGUCAGGCCGCCCAGUGCCUUGCCAUCAUGGCACGGACUGGCAGUGGCUCCUGCGCCUUCGCCUCAGUGGACGAUUACUUGCACUAGCCUAGUGUAUGCGCGCACACACACACACACACACACACACUGAGGACCUGUCCAGAAAGGUCUCCCUCCACCUGUAGUCAUAUAUUAGCUGAGGAGACGCUCCUCCGCACGAUAACAAGUAGAAGAAAAUCAGCUACGUCACCUGCUUCUUGUUCUGCUUUUACCAGUCGCCACUGAGGACCAGGGGUAACUUCUGGGCAGAUCUUCAGGGCGCCAACACACCACACACACACACACACACUAUAUCUCUUUCCAUCGUGAAUAUGAAAUUACACCUCCACCUUGGUUGGCCUUGCUAACCCCCUCCUCCAGCCCUGCAUCUACAUGGGGACAAGAGUAGCCAACUUGAAAAUACCCGGUGAGCCAAACUCAUGCAGAUGCCCUGCCCCCAUCCACCAGGGGGCAGCAAACCAGGGCAGACAGACUCCCGGUCAAACAUUAAUGGAAAAAACAAAAGAACAAAUAAAGAAAAUCAGACUAGUGACCGCCAUGGCCGACCGCCCUUUAGCGUGGUCCCUGUAAGCCGGACUCACCAGGUCAGCGCACACACACAUACUCGCAAACAGGCUCCACAGAGGCUUUCUGAGAGCUGGAACGACAGCCAACCCCAGGCUCUGUGACAGACAGCCCACCCCCUCCCUUCACCCCCACACCUCCCUCCACCUCCCACUGACUUCAGGACACGGGUCAGACAUUUAUGUGGCGCAUGUGGACUCGGGGACUUGGAAGAAGCCAGAGAGAAACUGCCGCCUCGACUCAAUGUUCCCUGUUUUUAAUCUUCUGUUGUUUUUUUGGGGUGGGGGCUGAGGAGGUGUAGUUACCUGGCUCUUGUUUGGUUUUGAGUUUUUCCAGGUUUACAAGGCACGGUGCAGACGAUGAGUGUCAUUAUUAUUAUUCUAAUUCUCAUUAUAUUAAUUAUUGUUACUUGCAUUCACAGUAUAUUUGUUGAGCGCCAGCAAGAGCAAACUCCACCAACCUAUUACAAUAAAGCUCCCGCUUCCACGAUUACCAGUGACGAGCGUGUGUACAUGUUAACGUUUAUAUACGACUCUAACAAAAUGGAAUUCUAUCAAUAGAGUGAGAUAUUUAGUUAUCAAAUGAAAGGAACUGUUUCAAGUAAAGAACCCUCCUUUGUACUGACAUCAGUGAGCCCUAAAGCGUGCUUGUUUUCAUGUUUCCCAUUCUCUGGACUCCAGGGUUCCUAUGCAGGUGGGAAAGUGAAACCUUUGACCUUCUCCAGGUCUGUGAAAUGUUGGAAAGUAGAAUUACUCUGAAGAGUUUUAUGACUUUAACUUCAGGUGUGGUGGUACUUGCUGCGACAUGAUCUCUCUUACUACAGCUUUGCUAAAUGUGUCUGAAAGAUUCCUCGAACAACUCUGGACAAAGUCUGGAAUAUUGGAAAGGGAAACCUCGUGUAGGAACCCUGCGACCGUCUGACCCCGUAUUGCUUGUUGCCUCCAGCAGCUCAGCAGGCGAGAUGCAAACAUUGUUCAUCUUUAUUUUCUUAUCAGUGUCUAUGCUAAUUUUUAACCCACAAAGAACUCAGGAGCCAAAAUGUCCCUUUGUUCCUCCUCCUCUGUUUAGAAUGAUGAGGUCCGACCAAGCAGCCGACAGGGCCUUCGUUUACAGGUGCACUUGUUUCGGGGUCUUUCCUCCGACAGUAGCAGAUGGUUCACGCUGGAAGUCCGACCUGAAAAUCAAGCCACAGAAAAGAGUUUGAUUUACGGUUGAACUGAAAUUUGAAUUCUUUUUGUGGUAUCAUUAAAAGUGUGAAUGAUACCACAGCUAUCGUUGACACUUUUAUUUCAUGUGCGAGCGUCGUCUGACAGUCGGCUGCUGUCCACUUCAGAAGUGUGCUCCUGACUGGAGAAUGUCCUGUUCCUGUUGUGUCACAGACUAAACGUUGAUAAAACAG